AUGGAUCAUCAAGAGACUAGUGUGGAAAAGAAGGGAGUUGGUGGCAGCGGCUUAAUCGAUUUGGUCUUCUCUUGGUCUAUGGAGGAUGUUCUCAACAGAAAUCUAUACAAAAACCAGGUGACGAAAAUUCCUGAUACAUUUUCGACUGUGACGAGUUACAUGAAAACGUUCAUUCCUUCGCUUGUUGAGGAAACACAUGCUGAUUUACUCUCAAGCAUGGAGACUCUGCCACAGGCACCUACUUGUGAAAUUCUGGCUGUUAAACCUAAGGGUCAUAAAAAUGCCAAGGACUUUUCUUAUGUUAUUAUAAUAAGGGGUAGUGGAGAAGCCAAAAAUUAUGAGCCGCAGCAUGGAGAUCUUAUUGCCUUGACUGAUAUUAGACCAACAAGCAGUGAUCAUUUGAACAGGCUGAGAGAUUCAUAUCUCAUUGCGUAUGUUCAUCCAGGCGGAGAUAAUAGGCUCUUUAUACGCUCAUCAAAGCCUAUAAGUAGAGGAGGAGGAGGAAAACUUUUUGCUGUCUAUCUGAUCAACAUGACAACAAAUGUUCGCAUAUGGAAAGCUUUGAUCUCAGAAAAGGCAAACACAAAUAUAAUUAAGAAUGUGCUGCAAGUGCAACCCAAGUCAUCACAGGGUGGGAAUUCUUGUUCAAUUUGCUUUUCUAAGGAAAAAUGCUGUGCUGCCCUUUCAAAUAGAUGGCCCUCAAUGGGCUCUGAUCUAAAUGAUUCCCAAGAAGCUGCAGUUUUGAACUGUAUCAAUUUGAGUAAAUGUACUCACCAAAAUACCAUCAAACUAAUAUGGGGUCCUCCGGGGACUGGAAAAACCAAGACAGUUGCUAUGUCACUCUUUGCCCUCUUGAAGUUGAAGUGCAGAACACUAACAUGUGCUCCAACAAAUGUCGCCGUGUUAGAAGUGACAGCGAGACUCCUGGGAUUGAUUAAUCAGUCUCUUGAUUAUGGAAAGUAUGGACUUGGAGAUAUAAUUCUAUUUGGGAAUGAGGAGCGAAUGAAGAUCGAUAAUUAUGAUGACCUUGUUGAGGUAUUUCUUGAUUAUCGUAUUGAAAUUCUGGCCCAGUGUUUUAACCCUGGGACUGGAUGGAAACUUUGGUUGGAGUCAAUGAUAGGUUUGCUUGAGGAUCCACAGGAAAAGUACUCAACAAGAGAUGAUGAGAAUGAUUUUCAGACCUUUGAGGAGUUUGUGAAGGAAAAACUUAAUUCAGUUGGUGAGCAUGUGGAGUUUUGCAUGGUAAAUUUGUACACUCACUUACCAACUUCUUGCAUUUCACUAGAGGUUGUGACUGACAUGAUUGGAGCUUUGGAUUUGCUCAAUUCUCUUAAAUCUUUACUGCUUGAGGUUGGUUUUGCUAAUGAGAGGUCACAAUUAGUUCUAAAAGAUUUUCUUCAUAAACUGAGGUCGCUUCGUAAAUUUUGUGUUCCUAAUUUGAAAAAUUUGGAGAAAAUAAAGAAAUUCUGCUUGGCAAAUGCUUCCUUAAUAUUUUGCACCGUGUCAAGCGCUGCUAAAUUGCCGACAGAGAAUAAGGCACCCCUGGAUUUGUUAGUGAUUGAUGAAGCUGCUCAGCUUAAAGAAUGUGAAUCAGCAAUUCCUUUGCAACUACCGGGUCUUCGCCAUGCUGUUCUCAUAGGAGAUGAGAGGCAACUCCCUGCUAUGGUUACAAGCAAGAUCUCCGAGAAGGCCGGUUUUGGAAGAAGUUUGUUCGAAAGACUUCUACUGUUGGGACAUGAGAGGCACCUUCUCAAUGUCCAGUAUAGAAUGCAUCCAUCAAUCAGCUCAUUCCCAAAAAGGGAGUUUUACAACAACCGGAUAUUAGACGGUCCAAAUGUCAAGCAAGGAAGCUAUGAGAAGCGCUUUCUUUCAGGAAAAAUGUACGGAUGCUACUCCUUUAUACAUGUAGCCAAUGGACAAGAAGAAUUUGAUUGCGGGCAUAGUCGGAAAAAUAUGGUUGAGGUUGCUGUGGUCUGUGAGAUUGUUGCAGGCCUUUACAGAGAAUUUAUUCGAACAAAAAAUAAGGUUACCGUUGGGGUAAUAUCACCUUACUUAGCUCAAGUUAAUGCAAUUCAAGAGAGAGUCAGGGAAUACAGUGAAGUUUCUGGCACUGAUGGAUUCUCUGUAAGUGUGCAAUCUGUUGAUGGAUUCCAAGGUGGUGAAGAUGAUGUGAUAAUUAUCUCCACAGUCAGAUGUAACGAUAAAGGAUAUGUCGGUUUCAUUUCCAAUCUUCCUAGAGCAAACGUGAUGCUAACACGUGCAAGGCACUGUCUUUGGAUUUUGGGGAACAAAGCGACUUUGAUUAGCAGUAACUCUAUUUGGAAGAAGCUAAUUCUCGAUGAGGACAAGGACUUGGCUCAGGCCAUUGCAGCAGCCCUCGUGGAGCUUGGCCAACUACAUAUUCUACCUGAUGCUGAUUCUCUGCUGUUCAAAAACGCCAAAUGGAAGGUUUAUUUCACCAAAAAAUUUCAGAAUUCCAUGGAAAAGAUUAAAGACACUGACAUCCGUGGAGAAGUGGUUUCCUUAUUAACAAAGCUCUCUGACGGCUGGCGCCAAACUUGCAAGGAUAAAAGAGUUAUAGUUCAUGGGGGGGCUUGCGGUCAGCUGUUAGAGAAGUAUAAAGUGAAAGGGCAGCUGAAUCUCAUUUGGUCUGUAGAUGUUCUUGAAGAGAACUCAGAUUACGUCCAGGUUAUGAAGAUUUGGGGAUGUUCUUCCAGUUUCUGA